AUGAACCUCUACGGUCCGUCGGAAUGUGCCAUCAUGACCCACUGUGCCCAACUCCACGCCGACGCUCCCAUCACCAUUGGCCGACCGCUGGAAAACGUCCGCAGCUACAUCUUGGACAACGACCAGAGACCUGUCCCCGUCGGCGUGGUCGGCGAGCUGUACUUGGGUGGCAUGUGCGUGUCGCCGGGGUACAUCAACUUGCCCGACGAGACGGCGGUCUCGUUUGUCCCGGACCCGUUCGUGUCGGGACACCCCAAGAUGUUUCGCACGGGAGACCUUGGCCGGCUUCGUCCGGACGGCACGUUUGAGCUCCUCGGCCGACAGGACACACAAGUCAAGCUCAAGGGGUACCGCAUCGAGUUGGACGAGGUCGCGGGGGCCAUGCUGCACCAUCCAGACGUCGUGUCCGCCGCUGUCCUCGUCAAGGACAAGACGCACCUCGUCGGGUACUUUGCGCCUGCGACGGUGUCCGUGGACAGUUUGCAGCGAGUGGUGGCGGCGCACCUACCAGUGUACAUGGUGCCGGCGGCGUGGGUGGGGGUGGCCGUGAUGCCGCAGAACUCGAACGGCAAGAUCGACAAGAACGCGUUGGCGUUGCUGGACGUGGAGUCGGCGGUGGAAGCGCUGGCGACGGCGUCGGAGAAACGGAUGGCGCAGAUUUGGUCGGACGUGUUGGGGGUGUCCCUCCACGACAUUGGUCGUCGCACGUCGUUCUUUGCCUUGGGCGGUGACUCCAUGUCAGCCAUUCAUGUUGCCGCGACUUGCCGCCAUGAUGGAUACGAUCUGAUGGUGUCCGAGUUUUUGAAAUCGCCAGAAUUGUGUCAAGCAGCUGAGUUGGCUGAACGGUCGGCUGGUAGAACGUUUCCUGUGGCGCAAGUCGAAACCGCAGUUCUCGUUGGUGGGCUGAAGGAUUGGGGCACUCAGCUGAACCUGGCUCAACAUGGAGUCUACUUGGCGACAUCGCUUCAAGCCAGCAUGAUCUUUGCAACUCUGAGUCGCCGCGAUGCUUAUGUCUUUCAGCACCACAUGCAGCUGACCAGCACUCUCCAUGCUGCACGAGUUUUGUCCGCCUUCGAGCGGCUAGCUCGAGUCCACGAUAUACUCCGCACAACCUUUGUGAACUUGCCGUCGGGAGUCCAUGGAGUCGUCCACGCCGAUUUCGACCGCUUUCCAGUGAUCCACACUGCCGCAAAUUCAAUACACGAGUUUCUAGAGUCGGAUCGCCGCCGGGGAUUUGAAGUUGGAGAUGGCAACUUUUCUCGACUGUCGAUUGUAGAGCUACCAACAGCCACCUUUAGUGUCCUUACGAUGCACCAUGCGGUGUACGACGGCUGGACCAUUGCCAUGCUGCUGCGCGACUUACACAAUGUGCUGCACGGAGUACCGUUGGUGCCCCGACCCAGUUUUUGUCGGGUCAUCGACUUCAUUCAAGCCCAAGACAAGCGCGAGACGGAACGCUUCUGGCGAGCAUACUUGAAAGGGGUAACAUGCCAUUCCCUGAAUCUGACGACGUCCUCAACUGCCUCCAACGUUCCAACCACUUCUCCACCAUCUGUGUCGAUUGCGUUGGACGUGAACGAGAUGCGUGCUGCGGCCCGCCGUGUUGGUCUCACGCUCGCGGAAUUCACUCGCCUGGUGUGGGCACUCACCCUGCGAAAGUACAUGCGACACAACGACGUCGUUUUUGGCCACGUGCUUUCAAAUCGCAACAUUCCGGUCGUGGACGUCACGAGGAUCUUGGGCGCUAUGAUUAGCACGGUGCCGUGCCGAGUAACUUUUGACGGCACCGAUUCAGUCCAUAGCGGCAUUGCUUGCAUUCGGGCAGAACGAGGCGUUGUCGUGGACCACUCGUACGCGAGCCAGGCCGACAUCAAACGCUGGAGCGGCGUCGACGGCGCCUUGUUUGACACAGUGCUAGCCUUUCAACAGCUCCCAGAACUCGUGGAUUUUGGAGACGGAUGUGCGACCAAUCUCAUCACGGCACCACAUGCUGUGGAGCAUACCCUCGAGCUGACAAUUUGGCCCAUCGAUACCGACUUGACAGUCGUCGCACGCUACGAGCCAACUCGUAUUUCCAACGACCAAGUACAGCAAAUCCUGCGGGAAUUUCGCCACACAACGUUCCAGCUAUGUACGUUGUCCUGCGACACGGAUGAUCUCCCGGCAGCCUGGGACGUCAGCAACGAGCAAGCCGACUUUAUCCACUUGGCAUCGCAUGGACCCCAAGUGCCAUUGCCGCACGAGCUUCUACAACAUUCAUUUGAGAAGAGAGCGCUGUCCCACCCGACCGCUCCAGCCAUUGAAUUUCGAGGUGUCACUCUCACGUACGGUGAGCUAAAUGAGCACGCCAACGUGAUGGCUGCCCAACUGUGCGCCAUGGGAGUGUGCGUCGGCCACCGGGUCGGCGUUCUCAUGGAUCGAUGUUUGGAAUUCCCGAUGGCGCUCCUGGCUGUGGUCAAAGCCGGUGCGUCCAUGAUGCCUCUAGAUGUUGCAUUCCCGGCCAGUCGAAUCAAGUACAUGCUUGCGGACGCAAAUGUAUCGCUUGUUGUGACGACAGGCGAACAUCGAGACGUGGUCGAAAGUUUCCGCCUCGACGUGCCGCUUUUGCAAGCAGCAAUUUCGGAGUCACCGGCACAUGUCCAUCGUGUUCAGAGCAAGUCCACAGCCACGAGCACCGACGAAGCUUACGUUGUAUACACGUCCGGGUCCAUGGGAAAGCCGAAAGGUGUCCCUGUCACGCAUGCCGCCGCUGUCAACGUCAUUCACUUUCAGUCGACUGCAACAGGGUUUGUCCCAGGCCAUCGAGUGAUGCAAUUCAUGGCGAUCGGGUUCGACGGGUUUCAGUGGGAUUUGUGGAAAGCUCUAUCCAGCGGUGCGACUCUAGUUCUGAGGUCCCAUGACUUUACCGCCGACAUCAAAUCUGUCCAAGCCAUCACAUGCACCCCAACAGCACUGGCCCAGCUCGGCCACCCAACCGAAUACCCGAACCUUGUCGUCGUCUCGGUUGCUGGCGAGUCUUGCCCGGGUGCUCUGAAAGACUUGUGGGCUCCCCAUGUCCGCUUCAUGAACCUCUACGGUCCGUCGGAAUGUGCCAUCAUGACCCACUGUGCCCAACUCCACGCCGACGCUCCCAUCACCAUUGGCCGACCGCUGGAAAACGUCCGCAGCUACAUCUUGGACAACGACCAGAGACCUGUCCCCGUCGGCGUGGUCGGCGAGCUGUACUUGGGUGGCAUGUGCGUGUCGCCGGGGUACAUCAACUUGCCCGACGAGACGGCGGUCUCGUUUGUCCCGGACCCGUUCGUGUCGGGACACCCCAAGAUGUUUCGCACGGGAGACCUUGGCCGGCUUCGUCCGGACGGCACGUUUGAGCUCCUCGGCCGACAGGACACACAAGUCAAGCUCAAGGGGUACCGCAUCGAGUUGGACGAGGUCGCGGGGGCCAUGCUGCACCAUCCAGACGUCGUGUCCGCCGCUGUCCUCGUCAAGGACAAGACGCACCUCGUCGGGUACUUUGCGCCUGCGACGGUGUCCGUGGACAGUUUGCAGCGAGUGGUGGCGGCGCACCUACCAGUGUACAUGGUGCCGGCGGCGUGGGUGGGGGUGGCCGUGAUGCCGCAGAACUCGAACGGCAAGAUCGACAAGAACGCGUUGGCGUUGCUGGACGUGGAGUCGGCGGUGGAAGCGCUGGCGACGGCGUCGGAGAAACGGAUGGCGCAGAUUUGGUCGGACGUGUUGGGGGUGUCCCUCCACGACAUUGGUCGUCGCACGUCGUUCUUUGCCUUGGGCGGUGACUCCAUGUCAGCACUUCGAGUCGUGAAAUUGUGCAAAGAUGCACGGCUGCAUAUCUCAGUGUACGACUUGCUGACAUGGAACAUCUUGUCGCAAGUCGUCGCCACCGCAUUGCCUGUCGACGUCGAAGUGGUUUGGCCGUCUAUUCAAAUCGCAGAGAGUGUGAAAGGACUCGUUCAAUGCCGUUGGCCAGAGUAUGAGAGCUGCUUUCCUGCCACGCUUGAGCAGGAGUCCAUGGUCGGUACCAUUGCCACAGCGCCGUCAGCGUUUGUUUUUCAAAUGGUUUUGGAACUGGGCCAAGAUCUGGACUUGGUUGCCAUCAAGUACCAACACCUUGUUGCACAACGCGAGAUUCUGCGCUCGACAUUUGUCUCGACCGAAGGUGGUCUGUACCAUGUUGUUCAGUCGAGCUCGCUGCACGUUCCUGUCGCCAGAGCCUCUGUUGCGACGUUGAUGGACUUUUUAUCUGCCGAUUUACAACGAGCUUUCACCUUGGACGACCACGCGUUUGCCCGAUUUACGAUUGUUCAAGACGAUCGAGGACGUGCACAUGGCGUGGUGACUAUCCAUCAUGCGUUGUACGAUGGCGCCUCGAUAACUAUGUUGAGAGGAGACAUCGAAGAUGCAUUGCUCGGACGCCAACUCGCAUGUCGGCCACCGUUUCGCCACGUCGUAGAGUACAUUGCAGCUCAGGACAGCUCGUUGGCCGAGCGAUACUGGACAAGGUAUCUCGACGGCAUCUGCAAGCCCACGCUUGUUGCAUGCGUUCCGCCUUUUAUUGACCCACCUCCCAUGAACGAGGCACUAGUUGCCACUCUGAUCCUGCCAAACAUCUCAAUCGCGCUCAAACGCAUCGACGUGAGCAUGGCCGCACUGGUCAACUUGGCGUGGGCUACUACGCUUCGCCGUCAGCUUUGUAUCGAUGAUGUCGUGUUUGGACAAGUCGUGUCAAAUCGAUCGAUCCCGGUGAUUGAGGUGGAGAAGACUCUGGGAUGCCUCAUCAGCUCGGUCCCUUGUCGUGUCGAGUUCGACGCGGACAACGUCACGCUGCUUCAACGCAUCCAGACAGAGAAUGCAGCCAUGCUGCCACAUGCUUUGACCCAUGCAAACGUCGCGAAGCGAUGGGGCCAAGCGGAGUGGACUACGUUCGACACCGAAGUGAGCAUUGCCCCCAGCCCUUACUGCGAUCACUCGUCCAUGUCUUGGUGUGAGCAGCGCGCUGCAUCAUACUACACGAUUGAGCUGACUGUCAUUCCUCUCAGCACCCAAGAGCUGUGCGUCCAAGCUAACUUCGACCCGAACCGAAUAGAUGGACCACGGGCUCGUCAAUAUUUCGACACGAUGCUUGAAACACUACACCAGUUUAACCUAGAAAUAUAA